AUGAAUGUAUUAACGUUUGGUGACAAGCCUGCACCAGCCAUGGCUCAAGUCGCGCUGCAAAAGACAGCCGAGGAAGGAAAGAGUAUUAACCCGGAAGCAGCACGUACCAAUAAAGUCAACACCUAUAUGGAUGACAUUCUUCACUCAGUUAACACAAAAGAAGAAGCCAAGAAACUUACAGGUGAUAUUGACAGCAUCCUUGAGAGGGGUGGAUUCAAAGUGAAGUUGAAAGAUGUCCUGAAAUACAAAUUUGAAAUUGAGGCUGUGAAAUUCUGCACAGCCGAUCUCACCAAGCGUAAGAUUUUAAGUCAGGUUGCUAGAAUUUACGAUCCCAUCGGUUUUGCCUCGCCCUUCCUCGUAAGAGCAAAGAUCAGCCUCCAAGAACUAUGGGAAGAAGGAGUAGACUGGGAUGAUGAGCUGCCUCCAAGCAUUCAAGAGAAAUGGUCAUCGUACUUCAAAGAGAUGGAGCAGCUGAAUGACGUAUCGUUUGAGAGAUGUAUUUGUCCAGGGAAAGUGGUCGAGCCGCCAACGUCAUGUGUAUUUGCCGAUGCAUCGCGAGGAAAGUCUGGUGAAUUGUGUCAGUUAACACCGCAUACAUUUGCUAAAAUAAGCGAGUAUUGUCAAAAGUGGGUCAAUUUGGACGGCGAGCAAAGCAAAAUCGCCGCCAAUGUUGCUGAGUUUAUGAAACAUUGGUCACUUGAUUCGGAAAAUGAGCUAGUGCCAGAGGAAAUUGCAAAUGCGCGAUAUCACAAAGAGUGCUAUGUUCGUUUCUGUGAUAAAACAAAAAUCGAAAGAGCCGAGAAAAGAAUGAAGAAAAAGGAAAUGACUGUUGAAGCAUCCAGCCAUGGUGAACCGAGCACUCCUGUUAUCAACCGACCAGCACCUGCACCUGUGCGUAUAUCACCACGGACAUUGAUUAGCGGUAGUGAAGCGAUUCCCAGACGAAACAGACACGUUCUACCAGAACGGUGCAUAAUUUGUAAAAGACAAGAUGCGUACAAAGUGGACAAGGUUACUAGAAAACGAAAAUUAGAUAAGCUUGUUCUGGCGGAAACGUUCAACGGAGGACUUUUGAGGGAGGCUGCAGAAAAGAAAAAAGACGAGUCGAUUUUAGCACAUAUUAGAGGUAAAGACUGUGUUGCUAUAGAAGUACGCUACCAUAGGCAUUGUCAUUUGGAUUACUGCAGAUUCCUGACCCGAAAAUCCACAACUAGUAAGCCACUGAUGAACUAUACCAAUCAAGCUACAUCGCCUUCUGUUCGAAAAUAA